CCACUACAUACUCUGGAUCAACUGUUCGAGAUGCGAGUGUCUAGACCCAUCCCACGGGAGCAUCAGGCAUCCUCAGACGCCCUCAGGCGUUCGGCCAAAGCAUGCAACCGAUGCCGGAAAAGGCGCACGAAGUGUGCUGGAGAACCUCCUUAUCCCUGUAAAGGAUGUAGAGAUGCCGGGCAUAUAUGCGUCUACGCGGAGUCUGAGAAACGAGUCACUGUCCCGGAGAGCUAUUUGAUUGACCUUCAGAAUCAAGCUCACAGAGCCAUUAACGCUCGACAUGGCCGCGAUGGUGAUUCGGAUCAGAUGGAAAUAUCCAACCAGGAUAUUGAGUUGGGGUUCGCGAGCACCGACAACUGGGUUCUCAGCAACUCAGGGCAAUACUAUUUCAUGGGCAAUUCAUCAUCGACAUAUAUUGCCAAUCGGCUGAAUCCGACGACUGAGAACUUAGAUUGGCACAUGUAUCCCCACUACGAGGACACUGCGUGGCUCAGCCGCUCCAUCAGACCUGAAUUCCCGCCACUUCCACCAUUUGAACUUGCCAAACGCUUGUAUCGUGCCCAGCAUGCCUACAUUGGCACAAUCUUCUCGUUCCUCAGUGACACUGCUUUCUAUCAACGCCUUGAACGUGUGUAUUCGCGAAGUCCGGACUCUAAUAAUGGAGAGGAAUGCCUGAUCUAUUGCCAAAUACUUCUCGUCUUUGCCUUUGGUCAGAUGUACUCAAUCAACCAAUGGGUUGGCCACGAGGGACCUCCAGGAUUCCAGUACUUCAAACACGCCCUUACGCUUUUACCAAGUGUGUUUGAGGACGGCUCGAUCUUGUUCAUUGAGGUGCUAAGCUACGUUGCAUACUUUAUGCAGGCGAUCAAUCGAAGGGAUACGGCUUACGUAUACAUCGGUAUUGCCCUCCGAAUGGCAGUUUCUCUUGGGCUGCACCGGGAAGUGUUCGAUCAAGAGCUUGACAAUGAAACCCGAGAGCGCCGACGAAGGGUCUGGUGGUCUACCUACAGCAUGGAGAGGCUCCUUUGUGUGACAUCGGGACAUCCAAUAUCAAUUCAGGACGAGGAUGUUGAUCUUCUGCCUCCCUCUCCCACGCCAGGCGAGGACCCCCACGCGGCGCUAGUCCUCACCAAUUACACUGAAUUAUCCAGAAUACAUGGGAUCAUAGGGGAGAAGAUCUAUCGCAAGAGACAGAAGUCCGGCCCUGACCUCUCUGCCUGUGUUCAGCACAUUAUGAAACGGCUAAACGACUGGUUUCAGCAGCUACCAGACUCCGUGCAAUUGAAUCCUUCCGACUUGAACCAAGCACCGCAGCGAGAGGUUGUGUCGACCUAUCUGCACUAUUAUCAUUGUAUUAACAUGACCGCACGGCCGAUUCUACUAUAUGCAAUUCAGCGACAAUUGGCAGCAAAUGCACAGUGUUCUAAUGCGGCUCGAUGGGAAGACGGAUUCUCGCCGGAAAUUGUCCAUGUCAUCGAGACAGCCAUAUCGGCCGCGAGAUCUAGCGCCUUGUUACUCAACGCCGCAGCCAAAUAUAACCUCGUCGCAACGUAUGGGUUUAUCGACGGAGAGCAGGCCUUCUCGGCGGCGCUACUUCUGGUAAUGGUCAACAUCGCCUUCCCAUAUAACGAAACGAAUGCCUCUGCAAUGGACAUGGCUCUCGACGUGCUACAGACUAUGGCAGAGAAAGGGAACAAGUACAUUCAAGCGUGUCAUUCCCUUCUCACCAAGAUUAAGAGUUCUGUUAAGACUAAAGACUCAGCUAAUCUUGCGAGCCAGGACGGGCAGGUUCAGGUAAGAAAUCAGGCAGAGGAUGACAAUACCGGUACAGAAAAUAUCAUCGUUGCAGGAGUUUCCCAUGACCAGCCUCCAGCUUUCAAUUUAGAUUUUGAAGGGGAUCCGGGCUUAUGGGCAGAAGUGCUGGACUCUAUUGGUAUCGAUAUGGAUCGACAGUGGGUUGAGUCGGCUCUGUUGGCGGGACAGCAGCGAAGGGAGUGA